AGCUGGCCGUUUCCGCGCGGGUGCGCCCCCCGCCGACCGCCCGCCAGAGCUCACCACAGGGGCCGGCCAGGCCCAACACCGCGCGCCGGCAGGCCACCAUGGGCGAGGAGGGCAGCUGGGACAACACCCUCGAGGAGUGGCUUCUGGGCGAGGGCUUCUGCUGCGCCGCGGGCCUGGCGCAGCUCGAGGAUGGGGCGUUCUACGCGGCGGCGCCCGUGGCGGAUGAGGCCGGGUGGGGCAUGAUCUUCGCAGAAGACCACGAGAAGGACAUCAAUCAGGACGAUGGCAGCGCCAAGAAGUGCAUGAUCAACGAAGCGGCUGGCAUCAGGGAGUGCGCCGAGGGCGGCAAGCCCAAGAACGGACUCUGGAUCGCUGGAGAGAAGUGGAACAUCACAAAGCAAGAAGAGCUGGACCGCCGUUGAGAUGCCUGGGGAGAGCGGGCUGACAUUCGCGGGCCGCGUCGCGCCCAACGCUCGCCCGCCUCAUCCAACGUUACCAUCAUGCUUCUACCUGUCGCUGUCCUCUCCCUGCCGUUUCUGCUCGGCAGCCGCUCGUGCAGCAUCGCGGCGAAGUCGAAGCCGCUCUCCUCCUCCUCCUCCAGCCCCCUCCCAGGCCC